AAAUAUGCGAGCUUGAUGUGGAAAAAGGAGUGUGGAGCGAAGUGAGCUUUCGAGUUGUUGAAGUUCCAAUUCAGGAUAAACCUUUGUACCUUUCAGCCAGCAAGUAUCUUGUUGUCAAGUCACUUGUAAACUGCUUUAUUGUUUAUCACUUCUCCUGGAAUAGAAUAAAGUAAAACAGUUGCUCUGUUUGGUAUUUUACUGACGUGAUGGCUCAGGGUGACUUCGGAAAUCCUCUUAGAAAGUUCAAGCUCGUCUUCCUUGGCGAGCAGAGCGUAGGAAAAACUUCUCUCAUCACAAGAUUUAUGUAUGACAAUUUCGACAACACCUACCAGGCAACCAUCGGAAUAGAUUUUCUAUCCAAAACUAUGUAUUUGGAGGAUAGAACAGUGCGCCUUCAACUGUGGGAUACAGCUGGUCAAGAGAGAUUUCGUAGUUUAAUUCCAAGUUAUAUUCGUGACUCUACGGUUGCUGUUGUUGUGUACGAUAUCACGAAUGCGAAUUCAUUCCAGCAGACCAACAAGUGGAUCGAUGACGUGAGGACGGAGAGAGGACAAGAUGUUAUCAUUAUGCUUGUUGGCAACAAAACCGACCUUGCCGACAAACGCCAAGUGUCAGCGGAAGAGGGAGAGAGAAAGUCCAAAGAGCUUAAUGUGAUGUUCAUUGAGACAAGCGCCAAGGCUGGUUACAAUGUAAAGCAGUUAUUCAGACGAGUAGCUGCAGCACUACCAGGUAUGGAGAACAAUCAGGCCGAGAAGAAGGACGAGAAUCUCAGGACAGUUGAGAUUGUGCCUGAUCAAACUCCCCAAGCAGAUGCCUCAGGUUGUGGAUGCUGACCAAUCUGAAAAUUCAGUCCAGUCUCCAAUCUGGUGCUUCCAAGCUGCAGGUGCUACUACCUACGUUUUAAUGGUGAGCCACGGUAGGUAUGGGUUAGAUAUUUCUUCCUUUCGUCUCGUUAGUCCAUUCUUUCUUUAUUUUUCUUCUCUGGUCUAUUGCACGAAUGCUGAUCACAGGCGUGAUUGUUGCCAUGACGACAGCAUUCUUUAACCAAUUAAAACUUUGCACAGCGUGGCGGAGGUUGGAAUGUCUUUCAGAUUAAAAAAAUCUCAUUUUUACGGUGGGUCGAACAUGUACUGUGUACAGUGGACAUCUCGUAGUCAUGUCCUGUAUGUUUGCGUUGAUACUGCCAUACGAUAUCCUAGUCACAACUGCUGGCCUGCCAUUGCAUAGCUGCUGGCGAUUGUGUCACUCCCGCUGCCAUUGCAAGCAGCAAAGAGUAGCAUGAUGUGACAGCACAGACAGUAGUGCUUCUGUGUAUAGAUGUUUGUGUAUAUGUGUGUGUGUGUGUGUCCUAAUCCGCUUCACAGUCAUACGCCAUGAUUGGAAACCUGUAUCCCCUCCUGCCUUGCCCGUUAUACUCACUGCCUACAUGAUCGCCACCACCAGGCUUUGCUAUACCCACCACUUGUAUGCAUGUGUACUGACUACGCAAUGUUACAAGCGUGUUAUAUUUGCCCUUGCUGCCGCCAUCAUGUCACCGGCACAUUUUCUACUAAUUUCUCAUUGCUGUUCUUGGUUGCUACCAUUCAUCAUCAGCUUUUAUGCGUAUGCUGCUUUGCAGUGUCUUGUCCUGGACUUGUAUGGUUCUGUUAGAUUUUUCAUAGGGAUUGAAUUAUUGACCAUUAUUAUCUACCCUGCCAAUUUUGCUGUAUGAAGUGCAUUUUUUAAGAAAUC